AUGGAAGAUUUAAGCUUAUCCACCAGUGUGGAUGUAGACAAAGGUUUUGCCAUCGCUUUUGUCGUUCUUCUGAUUCUAUUCUUAAUAAUGGUGAUUUUUCGGUGUGCUAAGUUGGUGAGAAGUCCUUAUGAGGCCAGUUCCAUAAUCACAGAAGUAUCUCUGAACUGA